CUUUAUUCUCCUACUUGUUCGUCGCUAAAAGUAUGGAUGUUUCGACACCAUUCCGGCUAUUGGAACUGAAUCUGAUAUCUGCUCAAGAUUUGGAACCCAUAGUUCGUCGCAGGAUGAAGACAUAUGCGGUGGCUUGGGUCAACCCGAAACGCAAGCUCACGACCCGAAUCGACACCGAAGGCCACACCAACCCGACGUCGAACGAUAAGUUCAUUUUCCGCGUCGACGACGAGUUCUUAUCCAGUGAUACGUCCGCCACGUCGUCCAGACACCAAUGCCGUGAAUUUGAGCUAGGGAUGAGGUUCGUCGCGCUUCAGGUCAGGCGACCGUCGGGUAGGCCCCAAGGGAUUUUAAACAUCGGGUUGACGUUGCUCGAUGGUUCGAGGAGGAGCAUGCCGUUGUAUAUGCAAAUGGGUUCAUCGGCGGCCGGGUACCAAUAUUUUAUGGGCGAAGACGAGCCGAUUCAAAGUAGUGAUCGGGUGAUCGGAGCAACAACAACCAAUUUUCAAAUAUUGAAUCAAUCAAACACGAGCUUCGAAGAACCAUGAGCGAUUCGAGUUCGAUGUUGGGGUCUCAAUAUGUGCCGAUGAUCUCCUUUAAAGGAUCGUCCAUUUUCAACACCGGCGAAGGCAGCGACGGGUCGGACAGAAACGAAUACAAGAUCAAAUCAAGGGGGAGUUCAAUGGUGAAUUACAAGUUUGAGAAUAGUA